AACAACUUGCACAUACAUAUAACUGAAAGCCCAACUAACCGCAACCUUCUCUUCAUUCAAACAUGGCUCGCUUCUUUUCCUCUAGGGAUUCAUGCCCUGCAGUAAAGAACAUUCUUAUUCUGGACUCUGAAGGGAAACGUGUAGCAGUUAAGUACUACUCGGAUGAAUGGCCAACAAAUAGUGCCAAGUUAGCUUUUGAAAAAUCUCUCUUCACAAAGACACUCAAAUCAAAUGCUCGUACGGAAGCUGAAAUCACAAUGUUUGAUAGCAACAUUGUUAUCUAUAAGUUUGUCCAGGACCUCCACUUCUUUGUAACUGGGGGUGAUGAUGAAAAUGAACUCGUACUAGCCGGUGUGCUUCAGGGGCUCUAUGAUGCAAUUUCUCUUCUUGUGAGGAACACUAUUGAUAAAAGGGAGGCACUUGAGAACUUAGAUCUCAUCUUCUUAUGCAUUGAUGAAAUUGUUGAUCAAGGGAUGAUACUCGAAACGGAUGCAAAUGUUCUAGCAGGAAAGGUGGCAAUCCAAAACAUGGAAGUUUCAGCACCAUUGUCUGAGCAGACAAUAAGUCAAGCAUUGGCUACAGCUCGUGAACACUUGACAAGAACACUUCUAAAAUGAUAUCUGUGUUCCCAGAGCCUUCUUCACUUUGAUUUAAUCCCAUUUUGGCAGUUGGCACUUGGUUCUUCUAUAUGUAAUUCCUUUUUAUUCUUUUCUGAGCUUGAAACAUGACCGCCCCCCAAUGUGUUGUGGGCUUUUAUUUCUAUCCAAUCAAUCAAAAUAAUGGAAAUAGAUAGCAAUUCUGUCAGUUUUUGCUCAAUUAUUGAUCCGGGCUUAAUUUACAAUGCCAAAUAUUUUGGACCAUAGCGUGCACCAAAGGGGAAAUAAAUCUUUGAUGAAUCUUAUCUGUUCCACCGGCUCUCAUCAUUUCAACUCCUCUUUCCUUUGCCUACUAGAGAAAAAGUUGAUUGCUACAAGCCCUUGAAGAAGCUGGAAAAGAAGAAAAAACCUUUGCCCGCCCUCUUUGAAUUUCUUUAUGCCUAGGACUGACAAGGGAUCGCACAUUUAAUGGGUGGGAUGUCACUUCUUUGGCUCUUUCAGCAAAAUAGAUAAAGAGCCGUGUAUUUUACUGCUAUAGCUAUCACACAAGUCUUGUUGGGUCAAUGAAGCAUUAGAUCGCAGCAUCUUGUCCUGUCUUUGAGGGUUGGAUGCUGCGGCUUACCAAUACCAUGGACCCAAGC